UGGCUGGACUUGAUUGCCAGCCGGGAGAAGACCUGUUGCCUUUCGAGCCCCCUCCAAGGGCGGGGGGGUGGGGGCCCCGAAGGACUCGUGUAAACGGAGAGCCUCCGUUCUAGGUAGGAUGGUCCGGCCUCUUUGGCCCUGCCCUCGGGUUCUAUAAGAAGCGGCUGCCUUCACACCUGCCUAGAUGCGCUGAGGAGAGCAGCCGAGUCUUCGGCACUCAUCUUGGGGGACGGGGAAUAAAGUAGAUAAAGUCCGCCCUCCCUCCCUCUCUCUCUCUCUUUCUCCCCCCACCCGCAUCCAUCAUCAUCAUCUUCAGCCAGAUAACGGGGACAGAACUGCGCUGGAAAAGGCAGAGGCAGGAGAAGCGAUGACUUCCAGCAAAAUCGAGAUGCCUGCUGGAAUGAAGACGGACCCGGCGGCCUUGAUGGCUUCUCUGCACUUGCUGCCUUCGCCCACCCUCAACCUGGAAAUCAAGCACACCAAAAUUUUUAUCAACAAUGAGUGGCAAAAUUCGGAAAGUGGGAAAAUAUUCCCCGUAUUUAAUCCUGCAACAGGAGAACAGAUCUGUGACGUGCAAGAAGCUGACAAGGCUGACACAGACAAGGCGGUGCAGGCUGCUCGGCUGGCCUUCUCCCUGGGCUCUGUGUGGCGGAGGAUGGAUGCCUCUGAACGAGGACGCCUCCUGGAAAAGCUGGCCGAUCUGGUGGAGAGAGACCGGGCCCUCCUUGCCACCAUGGAGUCACUGAACAGUGGGAAGCCCUUCCUCCAGGCCUUCUACGUUGACCUUCACGGCGUCAUCAAGACCUUGCGGUAUUUCGCUGGUUGGGCAGACAAGAUUCACGGAUUGACCAUUCCAGUGGACGGAGAUUAUUUCACCUUUACGAGGCAUGAGCCCAUCGGGGUGUGUGGACAGAUCAUCCCGUGGAACUUCCCCCUCCUGAUGUUUGCAUGGAAGAUUGCACCAGCCCUUUGCUGUGGCAACACGGUGGUCCUCAAGCCGGCAGAGCAAACCCCACUCACCGCCCUCCACCUGGGCACCCUCAUUAAGGAGGCGGGGUUUCCUCCAGGCGUGGUCAACAUUUUGCCAGGAUUUGGACCCACAGUGGGGGCGGCAAUUGCUUCGCACACAGGGAUUGAUAAAAUCGCCUUCACGGGUUCCACAGAGGUGGGGAAGCUGGUUCAAGAAGCAGCCGGCAGAAGCAACUUGAAGCGGGUGACGCUGGAACUCGGGGGGAAGAGCCCCAACAUUAUUUUUGCGGACGCAGAUUUGGAGCAGGCAGUGGAGCAGGCCCACCAAGGGGUCUUUUUCAACCAAGGCCAAUGCUGCACGGCUGGCUCCCGCAUCUACGUGGAGGAGCCCAUCUACGAUGAGUUCGUCCGGAGGAGCGUGGAACGGGCCAAGAGGAGAGUUGUGGGGAGCCCCUUUGACCCCACCACCGAGCAAGGGCCACAGAUCGACAAGAAGCAGUACAACAAGAUUCUGGAGCUGAUCCAGAGUGGUGUGGCUGAAGGGGCCAGGCUGGAGUGCGGGGGCCAAGGAUUGGGGCGCAAGGGCUUCUUCAUUGAACCCACCGUUUUCUCCAACGUGACUGAUGACAUGCGCAUCGCCAGGGAAGAGAUCUUUGGGCCUGUGCAAGAAAUCCUGCGGUUCAAAACCAUGGAGGAAGUGAUCGAGAGAGCCAACAAUUCCGACUUUGGGCUGGUGGCUGCCGUCUUCACCAGGGACAUCAACAAGGCUCUGACCGUCUCCUCCGCCAUGCAGGCGGGAACUGUCUGGGUCAACUGCUACAAUGCCUUAAAUGCCCAGAGUCCUUUCGGGGGUUUCAAGAUGUCCGGCAAUGGAAGAGAAAUGGGAGAAUGUGGCCUGCGAGAAUACUCCGAAGUGAAGACGGUGACCAUAAAGAUUCCUCAGAAGAACUCCUAAGAGGAAGAGGGGGGUCCCCAGCACCAGACCAGACGCGCCUCUACCUUUCUCUAGAGGGACGGAGCACUCAGGAAUUUUUAAAAAGUGACACUGAUGUUUGUUUGUUUUUUAAAUAACAUUGCAACCAAGUUCAUGAUUCAACUUGAGGGGUCUUUCUCCACUGCUGACACCACACUCCUUUGAUCUUUUGAAAGACGUUUGAGCUCUAUGGCUGAUUCCCCUGCCGAGAGGACUUUUCCUGGGGAGGAACAGGCAGGAGGCAGCCCCUGGUUGGGAAAAGCCGCUCUGCUUUCUGGGCAACGCAGCCAGGCAGGCCUGGGGCAUCUUGUGGGCGCCCAUCCUGCUGCCUGUGCCAUGGCCUUGGGAGGCUCUGCUAGGGGGAAGGAGCAGGUGGCCUGUGCAGGUGGAGUUCCUGGAGGACUUUGGAGAGGCAGCGGCCACUCCUCCCAUUUUCUCUCCUCCCAGGGGUCAUCGAGAGGCAGUCCCCCUCAGCAGCCCUCACUGCCACUUCGUGAAAUGAGCUUCCUGGAGCCUCCAUGUACUCCCCUUGCCUGGGCUGGGGCGGGGGAGAUGCUUUCCUCCCCUGCUCAGGUGCCUCCGCUCGGGGAGUUGACUCCCAAAGGCCCAAUCAUAACGGCGGCUCUUCCCUCGCCCAGGUAUUGGACCUCCAGCUCCUCUGAUGAUUUUGCCCCAGGUGCCAACCUGGCCCUCUUUGAAAUGGCUCCCCUGGUGACCAAACAGCUGUCCCUCCCAUCACUGGCAGAGGGUUUGAGGAGAACCCUCCCCCCAAAAAACCUCUGCUGAAGACUGGAAUUAAGACGGGAAGCCACAGGUCAGCAGAUGGAGCCAAGUUACACCAGCAGGAACCAUCAUCCUUGGCUGUUUUCUGCUUGAAAUGAUCUUGGGCAGCAACUUUUCUUCCAAAAGAAGGAGCCCUCAACUCACUCAGUGGCUCCUUGGAGCCCCCCCCCCCUUUCUGGCUAGGGAGCUGGGAGCUUUCUGGGAGCCACACGGCCAGCCACAACACAGCACUUGGCCAGAUCUGGCUGACUUCCCCAGGAACUGGGCCAAAGCCCAAGAUGCCUCCCGAGGCUUCGGGAGCCCAAAGGCCGAAGGGGCUGCGCUGAGCCGUGGCUCUUGGGCUGCCUUUGGCUUGUUGGGAGGACAGCUGUGUAUACUCAGCUGCAUUCAGGGAAUGGGUCUCCGAAAUGAGUCUGUGACAGAAACACUCGGCUGCUUCGGAGUCAGACAGCACCCAAGACUGGCUCCAGGCACCAGGCACCACAGGGGUCUCAGUGGCAUAAGACCGAUGGCUCCCCACCCACCCAUGCCACAUGGCCCAGAGUAGCAGGCAUUUUCUAGACGAACCUCAUUGCACACAAUUGGUGUGCACGCAGGUGCCCUCCAUUUCCACCUGCCUGACACCGGAGAAGCUCCCUCUGAGUGCCAGGGCUGCCUCGGUCCUUUUGGGAGGGGGCAGCACUCCCUCGGUUUCCAGCAUUUUCUGCCAGUGUUGCUUCUGCAUCGUUGCAGUUCUUCCUCUCUGCCAGUGGUGAAGCUCAAGCAAGAUACAAAUAUUAUUCCUGAGCUGGGUAACAUGAAUGUCACGUCCUGUAGUGUUAUAGCAGAAGGUUGUGGGUUUUUUUAAAAAAAAUGUUUGAAGAAAUUAGUUUUCUUGUUAUAUCCAAUAUUCAUGGUGAAAGGAAUUUUUCUUUUUCUCCUGUGUACCUUCAGAAAGACCUGUGCUAGCAAUAAGC